UUACAUCAUUAACUAUUUAUCCAGACGUAGGUUAAAAUUGUUUUUAUUUUGACGUGUCAAACAGUAUCGACCACAAUUCUAUGGACUGAUCUCCAACACACGUAGAAUGAUCGCACGUUUUUAAAAUAUGCCGAUGUAAAUAUAGUUCAGAUUGAUCGAACAUUGUUUAUACAUUUUACAAAAAUGUUUCGGAACAGCAUUGUAUUAAGAAGAUCGCUUUCAAAAUUGUUAUUCAAGCAAAGCACGUGCCACCAAGAACUUAUAACAAAGUACUGUGCCACAGUGCUAAUAUCUUGUACACACGAUUUAGCUAUUAAGCAGCCAGUAUUACCAAAGGAAAAUGUUGAACCAGUUAACAGAUUCGUUUCGAGGACUCAUACCUGUGGAGAAUUGAGGAUUAAAAACAUAGGAGAGAACGUACAACUGAGUGGUUGGUUGGAAUUCUCGAGAAUGUACAACAAAUUUUUGAUACUGAGAGAUUCCUAUGGUUCUGUCCAAUGUAUCGUUCCUGAAGAUAGAAAGGAUUUAGAAGAGAUAACUAAGAACUUGACGUUUGAAAGUGUGUUGAGCAUAGAGGGAACCGUAUUGAAAAGGCCAGACGGGCAACGGAACAAAAAUAUGCCAACUGGAGAUAUUGAAAUAGAAGUAGAAUCCUUGAAAGUGUUGAACAUGGCAAAGCCGAAUCUCCCAUUCAUUAUCAGAGAUUAUAACAAGGCGAAAGAGAGCAAUCAAUUGAAAUACAGAUACAUAUCUCUGAGAUAUCCUGAGCUACAAAAGUAUUUGAGGCUGCGUUCAAAAAUGAUUAUGAAGAUGAGAGAAUAUCUGAUCAAGGAAUGCGGCUUUGUAGACAUAGAAACACCGACUUUGUUUAAAAACACUCCCGAGGGCGCUAAGGAAUUUAUAGUCCCGACACGGAUUCCAGGUCAAUUUUAUUCACUGGUGCAGAGUCCCCAACAAUUUAAACAGUUAUUAAUGGUCGGUGGUUUUGAUAGAUAUUUUCAAGUUGCCAGGUGUUACAGGGACGAGACACCUAGACACGACAGGCAGCCUGAGUUCACACAGCUUGACAUAGAAAUGUCAUUUACCGAUUCCGAAGGAAUAAUGGAAUUGAUAGAAAACUUAUUGGCGUAUUCUUGGCCCGAGGAAUCGGACGGAAUAACUGUUCCUUUCAAACGUAUGAAAUACGACGAUGCAAUGGAAUUCUAUGGUACAGAUAAACCAGAUUUAAGAAUACCACAGAAACUACACAGAUUGACGGAUCUGAUCGAUCGUUCUUCUGUGAAACAAAAUUUGAAGAUUGAACAGAACGGAGAGUUCGAAGUCUACGCUUUGGUCUUCUCUGAGAAACAUGAUCUUCUAACGAAAUCUGUUAAAGAAACCAUGUCAGAGUUACAGUCCAAGUAUUAUCCGUCUGUGAAAUUGAUCCAAACAAAAAUACCUACCCAGUCAGCAAAGAUAGCAGAAAUCAUUCGAGAGACCGUGGAAUCGAAGUUAAAUUUGAAACCAGGAGACGUACUGUUUUUAGCUUGUGGAGAAAAGAUUCUGACGCAAUCGCUAUUAGGAAGAGUGCGUGUAGACUUCACAAACUUGUUGGAAAGCAAAGAUCAGAAAAUCCGUACCGCUGGCAAUGAAUUAUUAUGGAUUACUGAUUUCCCUUUGUUCUCGUUUGACACUGAAACGAAUCGUUUGGAGACGAUGCAUCAUCCGUUCACGAAGCCUCAUCCAGAUGAUAUGCAAUAUCUCGCAGAGAAUCCGCUGAAGGUCAGAGGACUGCACUACGAUUUAGUAAUGAACGGUUCUGAGAUCGCUGGAGGAUCUAUAAGAAUUCACGAGGCAAAGUUGCAGAAAGAAAUACUGAGAACGUUGAACGUAGACGAGUCUCAUUUAACGCACAUGCUCGAGGCUUUAGAAUCCGGUGCUCCACCUCAUGGCGGGAUCGCUAUAGGAUUGGAUCGUUUAAUGUGUCUACUGUGCCGUACAGAAAAUAUAAAAAAUGUGAUUGCAUUCCCGAAGACUAUGUCUGGCCGAGAUCUAAUGUCCGGAGCACCGAUUCCCAUCUCCGAAGAGGAAAAACAAUUGUAUCAUAUACGAACGGUGGAUGAAUAAAACUGUUAUCGUAAGGAA